CGGAGCCGAGCCCAGCUGAGCUGUUCCCAGCCGAGCCAGGCGCCGGGACCCACGGCGGUGACAAGCCCCGGGUGUGCGGGCAUGGCACAGUGACCCCGCCGCCGCACCGGGUGGAUGCUUGAGAGUGGAGGAUAAGGUACAAGUGUCUGGGACCGGUGGAAUGGAGGCCUGAUGUAGAUGGAAAGAUGGAUGAAGAAGAAGCUCUGAACUCUAUUAUGAAGGAUUUGGCAGCGUUGGGCAAAUGUGGGGGGCUGCUGGACAACAACAGGAAUAAAACCAGUGUCCACUGCAGUAAACAGCAGCGAAAUGUCAGGAUCAAGUUUGAAUAUGAAGGAGAGAAAAGGAUUAUCCAGUUUCCAAGACCAGUCAAAUUCAAAGAAGUGGUGCAGAAGGUCACGGAUGCUUUUGGACAGACAAUGGACUUAGUCUGUGUGAACAAUGAGCUCCUGAUCCCGCUGAAAUCCCAAGAAGAUUUGGACAAAGCGCUGGAACAGUUGGAGCUGAGCCCUUCCCUGAAGAGCCUGCGGAUCCUUGUGAGCGCUCCAAAGAAAGCGAAUCUCCUCCAGCCAAACAACAGCAAACAGCAUGAAAUGAGGAUCUCCAGGUCCAUGGGUGAUAUCAUGGGAUCCCUGUACAAGGACUCUGAGAGGACGCGCAAAUACUCAACAGGCUCUCUGCACACUGGCCGGAGCUCUCCGCCCCCGGGCAGUGUUCCUGAGGAGCAGCAGCAGAUCGCCCGCCAAGGAUCCUACACCAGCAUCAACAGCGAGGGCGAGUUCAUCCCCGAGACCAUGGACCAGAACAUGCUUGAAGCUUUCAUCAGCCCUGACGACUCGCUGUCUGGGAGCUGCCAGUCGCUGGACAGAUCUGUGGACAGCCCUCCUUUUACGCAAACCCCUGUUCCUGGAAGGAAGAGCCAUCCCAAAGACAGCCUUGAUUGCAUGGAUUUCGACAUCCCGUUCUGCGAGAGGUUUGGGAAGGGCGGGACGUUCCCGAGGCAGUACCACCUCUCCCAAAGCCGCAAGGACUACAGUGACGGUCGGAGGACUUUCCCCAGGAGUUACUUCCCGCAGGAGAACCUGUUCCAGCUCGUCCCCUCCAGCAGAACCAAGAGUUUUAAUGGGGACAGCAAGCUCAGUACGCUGCAGUACGACGAGUACAGGCCCAAAUGUUGGAACAAUUGCGAGAAGGGUCUGCAGGUCUUCAGCACCUCCCCUACAAAAGCGAGGAACUCCCUGCAGGCACCUGUGAACUGGAGGCUGGGGAAGCUGCUGGGAAGAGGAGCUUUUGGGGAGGUUUAUCUCUGCUACGACGCUGACACUGGGCGGGAGCUGUCGGUGAAGCAGGUGCCUUUUGAUCCUGACAGCCAAGAGACAAGUAAAGAGGUGAAUGCUUUAGAAUGUGAGAUCCAGCUGCUGAAGACUCUCCGUCACGACAGGAUAGUGCAGUACUAUGGGUGCCUGAGGGACCCCGAGGAGAAGAAACUGUCUAUCUUUGUUGAAUACAUGCCAGGGGGCUCAAUAAAGGACCAGCUAAAAGCUUACGGUGCUCUGACCGAGAAUGUCACACGGAAGUACACCAGGCAGAUCCUGCAGGGAGUCUUCUACCUACACAGCAAUAUGAUUGUCCACAGGGACAUUAAAGGUGCCAAUAUCCUGAGAGAUUCUGCUGGAAAUGUGAAACUUGGAGAUUUUGGGGCCAGCAAACGCAUCCAGACCAUCUGCAUGUCUGGGACUGGGAUUAAAUCUGUCACGGGAACACCGUACUGGAUGAGCCCGGAGGUUAUCAGUGGAGAGGGCUACGGAAGGAAAGCUGAUGUGUGGAGCGUGGCCUGCACCGUGGUGGAGAUGUUAACGGAGAAGCCGCCGUGGGCAGAGUUUGAGGCCAUGGCGGCUAUUUUCAAGAUCGCCACCCAGCCGACCAACCCCCAGCUCCCCGACAGCGUCUCCAGCUGCUGCCGAAACUUCCUCAAGCAGAUCUUCGUGGAGGAGAAGCGGAGGCCGACGGCCGAGGACCUGCUGAGACACCCCUUUGUCAACUGCGGGCUCUGAGCCCCCGGCAGCGGGGUUGGGAAGCGCCGGCGGGACGGAGGCGGCCGCUGGACCCGCGGUCAGACCCCUGCCCGGGGCUGUCCUGGCAGUGGCCCCCGCAGGUCCCUUCUCGCUCGUCGCUGCCUCGGCACCCGCCGCGCUGUUGGAUUUUCAAGCUGCGUUCGGGACUGUUGGCGCCGGGAAUUCGGAGCGAGGGAUUUCCCGGACUGUGCGGGUGCUGGCCUGGGACCACGUAACCUCCUCGCCGCCAGCGGUACCGGGGUUGUCCCCCCUCAUCGUGUAACUGAUCUCUUGGGGGAAGUGCAGCAAAUGGGGUCUGUCCCCCCAGCAUGACGGCGGUGCUGGCAGCACCCUCAGGACCGGGGGAGGAAUCGGAUGCUCAGUGGCCAUCACUGCCUUUCGCAGAGGAACAGAGACAGGGCCUUCAGCCGAGCCGGAGGAGAUGAUCCUCAGACCGCAGAGUCGGGGGGACCCGGGUGUCCCCGUUCCCAAGGGGACCGACCCCGCUGGAGCUCGUGGGACCAGCCGGCGGCUCCAGGGGGGCGGCGUUUCAAUCUGUCCUGUGCCUUACGCGGUUACAAUCAAGGAGUGAUGCUCGACUCGGAGUCGGGUGUGAUGAUGCA